AUGUCUAAACCAUCGCAGCAAACCACGAGGAAAUGGAUAGGGCAACGUGCGCUUGCGCGUGCGGAAGACGCAACAAACCGAAAGGCAAACGCUGCGGUACCACCUCCAGCGCCCGCUCCUCAUGAACACAAUCCGUCGUCCCCACCGCCAACUCUGGUGCAAUUGCCCCUAUCUCUGAUUUUUGAGCGCCAGGAAGCGGUGGAUGCCCUCAGCAACCUGUAUCAUAACGCUGAGACCGUGAGGAGAGUGGAAACGGGUGAUCCUAUAUUUGAUCUACGGGAUGCUUCAAAGGUUCAUGAGGAAAUUAUGGAGUGUCUUAAAGCGGGAGGGUGUGCGUAA